AUGCCUCGCCCACCACGCGCAAAAGUCGCGUCGCGCGUCGCAAAGCCCAAGACAGCCCCGCGCAAGCCCGCACCGAAGGCCACGACCACGCAUACCACACGCGCCCAGGAUGUCGUCGCAACCAGCAAGAGCUUCAGUGAGGACAGCGACGGUCUUGUUAGCAAGACUGGUGUGACGCGCUCAAGCAGGCGAACGGCAAGGGACCACGCCAACAAGCAGAUCGAGGAAGAGCAAUUUACUAUGACCGGCGCGCUGCCUGCAGAAGAGAGUGCACCGGUAUCCUUGAACAAGAAUGGCACACCUGAAUCAGCAACAUCAAAAAAAGCUCGAAUGUCAAGAGGUAGUGCUAGGUUAUCAGCCGGCAACACAUCGUCACCCGCAGGAGCCCCUGUACCGUCACCUGCAGCCAACGAGGACGCGCCUACCGGCGAUGCAUCAAUACACGAGAGCUCCGGCUUUGGUGAUUUGACCUUCUCUUCUCUGGGCUCGGAAUCGCCUGCUCAUGGUACACGCCCGCCGUCUGCAAUCAAAGUCGGUGCCACACCGGCGCAUGAGAGGUCAAUACUGGCUUUGACCAACUUCAAGCGAAGAGCACGGCAGCCGAGUUUAUUGCGAAUGGUCCAGCAGACCACCGAUGUCGAGGAUAAUGACCAGAGUGAUCUUGACGACACAGACAAUUUCGACUUGGAUGACUUCUUGCCCCAUGCAGAAUCAACGCCACUCAACGUACGGAAGACCGGGCCAAGCGAAGAAGUUAGAAACGACAGCGGCACCCAGAUCUCCAGUCCUGGCUCACGAGGGACUAAGCGCAAGUUGUCGCCAGUUGUGCAGGUGCCACGCUCCUCACCACCUGGUAGCCCUGCCCGAGACACUGAUAGCGAUAUCGAGUCUGUACGAUCACCAUCACCCAGCUUACCAGAAGUGCUCUCAUCACGGGAAGAUGUAAUUGCACAGACACAAGAUGACGAAGAGAUUUUGAGUCAGACGUACGCACCACCCAUGUCCAGCAGUAGUCCUGUCCCGGAGAAAUCCGCCCGGCAAGAGUUACCCGCACCUUCGCGUCGGCCAAGAAGAGGAAAACGGGCAAAAACACCCGUCAGAGAUGAGUCGGAUUCGGACGGUGAAGACACGGAAACACCUGCGAAAGCGAAACGCGGUACCAAGAAGAAGGCGCAACAAACUAUAUCUACCGCACAGCUGAAAGGAUUGCUACCACGGCGGAGGAAUCGCCAUCGGGAUCGCGACGAGUUUGACCUAGAGAGCUCGGAGGAAGUAACGCAGCUCGACUCGGACCAAGAUGAGCUGCAGAUGCCAACACGACGAGCGCACCAACGUCCAGGUGCUGGGAAGUUAGCAUCACCCAAGGCCAGCAAGAAGGGCUCUCGAGGCAAGAAGACGGCCCCAGCCAAGGCAGCCCCCAGGCUCAGUCGAACCUACAGUCGCAGGCGAUUAUCAGACAAGGAGAAUGAGACUGCAGACCAGGAGGAUCCAGAGCAUACAGAGAUAUCGGCGAUUGAGCAUUCUGAAAAAUUAGCCGCUAUUAAGAAGAAGUUUGAGGAAGUAGAUGCGUUUGAGCUGGAUUUUGAGACGGUGGACGUGACUACGAGCUCGAGUCCAUUCCGCUAA